GAUUAAUUAAGCGCUCCCACGGGGCUGCUGUGGAGGGGGAGUUCCGGCGCGCCGACAGAGCGGAAGUGACGUAAAGGAAGGGGCGGGGCCCGCCGAGUUUCCCGCGCGCGCUGAGGCGGCUGAGGGAGGAGGCAUGGAGUUCCCCCAGUCCCGGUUCCAUUCCAGGCUGGAAUUUUGUCCCGAGUGUGGCUCGGUCCUGCCCCGGCCCGGCCCCCCCAGCUCCAUCUGCUGCCCCCGCUGCUCCUUCUGCCUCCAGUGCUCAGGUUUCGAGGGUCGGAGCGUCCGGAGCCGCCUCCAGUUCAACGGGCUGGGGCUGGGGUGGGGGAGGGGAGGGGGCGGCCCCUCCCCCCAGGAGGGACCCACGGUGGAUCUCAGGUGCCCCAGGUGUGGGCACGAGGGGCUGUGGUUCCGCACGCGCCAAACGCGCUCGGCCGACGAGGGCCAGAGCGUGUUCUACACCUGCCCCAGGUGCAGGUUUCAGGAGAAGGAAGAUUCCUAAAAUUCCAAAAUUUCCUCAUUUUUUUGGGACCCCUUUCGGUACCGGAAGAGAAAUAAAAGCGACCUCUCCUCAAU